AUGAACUGCGAGAGAGAAUUGCUGGAAACAGGUGAUCUCCAGAAAGAACCUGUCACUGACACAGGUGUAAUCAUGAACUGCGAGAGAGAAUUGCUGGAAACAGGUUAUCUCCAGAAAGAACCUGUCACUGACACAGGUGUAAUCAUGAACUGCGAGAGAGAAUUGCUGGAAACAGGUGAUCUCCAGAAAGAACCUGUCACUGACACAGGUGUAAUCAUGAACUGCGAGAGAGAAUUGCUGGAAACAGGUGAUCUCCACAAAGCACCUGUCACUGACACAGAUGUAAUCAUGAACUGCGAGAGAGAACUGCUGGAAACAGGUGAUCUCCACAAAGCACCUGUCACUGACACAGAUGUAAUCAUGAACUGCGAGAGAGAAUUGCUGGAAACAGGUGAUCUCCAGAAAGCACCUGUCACUGACACAGAUGUAAUCAUGAACUGCGAGAGAGAAUUGCUGGAAACAGGUGAUCUCAAGAGAGAACCUGUCACUGAAACAUGUGUUUUCACUGACUGUGAGAGGGAAUUGCUGGAAACAGGUGAUCUCAAGAAAGAAUCUGUCACUGACACAGGUGUAUUCAACGACUGUGAGAGAGAAUUGGUGGAGACAGAUCGCCUGCAGAGACACAUGAAGAUUCACAGCGGAGUCAAACCUUAUCAGUGUAAUGAAUGUGGGAAAGGAUUUAAACAGUCAGAUGGCCUGAAGUCACACAUGAGGAUUCACAAUGGAAUCAAGCCUUAUCAGUGUGAUGCAUGUGGGAAAGGAUUUGCACACUCAAGUAACCUGCAGGAACACAUGACAAUUCACAGUGGAAUCAAACCUUAUCACUGUGUUGAAUGUGGGAAAGGAUUUACUCGGUGUGAUGAGCAUGAUGAGUGUGAGAACAUUUUCUAA